GGCCCCGGGGCAGCGCGGAGUGGGAGCCCCGGGGCCGCGGCCCCGCAGCGGUUUGGGGCCGCUGGAGCCGGGGUCGGGGUGUGGAGCUCUUGGAAGGGGCUCGCAGAAGCACUCGGGUGAGAGGCGGCCUGAGCAGCGAGGUCAGGAUCCUGGGGAUGGCAGAGGGCUGGGGAACGUCUCGGGAAUGUUGGUUUGAUGGUUCUCACCACCUUGCCAGGGGCCAGAAGGGAAGGGGGACCAGGUGGGGACUCCCCACUGCCUCCCCUGUUGGCGUGUUGUGUUUGCCUUGUGCUGAAGUGUUUCUGCCGUCGCUCUGUCGCUCUUGGAGCUGGUGGUGCCCCUGCCCAUCGAGCCUUGCCAUGUCCCUCAAAGAUCCUUGACCUGUGGUAGUGGUUGUUGUGACACAUGCACACUUCAUUUCUAUGGCAUGACCCUCAGGGUGGCCACAACGUGGGACAGGGCUGCUGGGAAGACUUUGAGGUGUUCUCUGGCAGGAUCUCAGAUCCACACUGGCUGUGACAGCGUCUUGUCUGAGGCAGGGCUUCUCUUGCAGGGUAUUUCAGCAUUCUGCAUGAGGAAGGUGCUCCUGGCCUGUUUGCCCACCCACCAUGCUUUGGCCUUUGGUGGAGUACCAAGGUUGUUGCAUUCACUUGUGUCAAAGCAUUGUUUGGGCACGUUUUUUGGUCAGAGUUCUGCCUCAGCACCCUGCACGGCUGUGGCUCAGAGAGGUCUGUCCAGGAGACAUCCAAAAAUUGUCAUUGUCCCUUGGAUGAGGUUGUGGAGCAUCUCUGCACAGGUGUGGUGGGACCCUGGUCUUCCCGAGCAGUGCAGAAGGUGCUCUGUGUGUUAUCUGUUCAUUCUUUGGUUUUUCAGAGACACGACUUGCAGGACAAAUCUGUUUCCAUGCCUGCUGCUUCCCUCUGCUGCAGCUGGGGUUUGUGGAAAAUGGCCCCAUGGCCAAGGAGUGUGCCCAAGGCAGAGGAAGCAGGGAGGUGUCUCACUGAAUCUGAAAUAUGUGCUAGACUGGCUCAGGAAACUGUGUUAGUUAUUGAAGGGUGGCACUGGAAGGGGAAAUUUUGGUUUUUCCUCACUUUUUUGCAAGAGUGAUUUCAGUCUGGAAGGUUUUCUCAGGGUAGACACAAUUGGCCUCAAGCUGGGGGACAACUUUGUCAGGGCAGAGAGCUCAGACUCUGCCUGUGUGUCCCAAAUGAUGGCUGAGCUUCAUUCCAUGAGCUCAGAGCCUUGAGUCCACACCUGAGGAGUGCAGGAGUCACCCAGAAAUACAAGCAUGAGAGUGAGUAGUUGACCAACCUCAGUGUAAGUUCUGAGAGGAAAGUUACUCCUAUGCCCGAGCAGCAGAAACUGACAGGAGGAAAGCAGUGCUGGGGAUGGUAAAGUGAAAUUAAAGGAAUUUAAGCUCCUUUUUUGCCCCCCAAGAUUAAAUGCCACAUGGGCAUAGGAGCAAAUUUCCAGGAUCACAGUGCACUGGGAGAAUAACUGGAGAAUAACUCACAGAAUCCCUCACCAGUGGCACCCUGGCCCAGAACUGUUUUGUUUCUGGUGUGUGCUGUGCUCUUGCAUUUCUGCCUCCUGUGUGAUGUUUGAAGUGUCAGGCUGCACCUACCUCACCUUCAGACCAAGCAACUCCACCUCCCAUGGCAUUGGUAAUCAGGGCAAUCAGAAAUAUUCUGUCAUCAGUUGCAUUUUUAAGCCAGACCUGCCUUUCUCUUCUGUUCCUUUGACUCUUGUUUCUUUGGUCUUCUGGAUCUGUGAGUAAUCUGAGGGAUUGUUCUGUUCCACAUGUGUUCACAUGGGGCAUGGAAUGGGCCAUUUGCUUUGGCUGUCACUUGUUUCUUGUUUCCUCAGCCCCAGCAGAGCAGUGCUGGUUAUUCCAUGGUGACUCCAUUGCUCUGGUGCUCUGCUUUGGAGCACUGAACUCUUGAUUAAUUAUGGAAUUGUCACCCUGUUGUAGUGGCCAAUCCUCCUCCUUUCAGCACCUGGUUAUUAAUAGGAGAUCUCAUUAUUCCUGAAGUAUUCUUGAGACCUUUUCAAGCCAACCCCAUCCAUGCCAACAGCUUCAAUCUUUGUUUUCAGAGGCCUUAUUGAUCCCCAGGCAAGGAGGUGCCAUUGCUCUACAGAUCAGUGCCUGAGCAAAGCCUCAGUUGGCCGGCAGAGCCCCAGGGUGGUUCCAUACCCAGCCCGUGGCCUAUGUCCUGGAGAGCCCGCCCUUCAGAGCGCUGCAGGUGUGGUCCAUGGUGAUGCUAGUGUCCAACUCCUUCUGAUCCCUGCAGUUGUGUCAAUGGGCUCAGCUGAUCAUCGACUGAACCUGGCAGAGAUCCUUUCCCAGAACUAUGGUGUGAGGGAAGAAAGGGAGGAAGAUGAUACUCAGGAGAAGCAGAAAUCUUUAGAAGAACUGGAGAAGAGUUUCAGUGCCUCUCAGAGCAGUGAAAUGCCAUUUGAGGAGCUGCUGGCACUGUAUGGCUAUGAGGCAUCAGAUCCCAUCUCGGAGCAGGACAGCGAGAGCAAUGACAUCACCCCCAACCUCCCUGACAUGACUCUGGACAAGGAACAAAUAGCGAAGGAUUUGCUUUCAGGGGAAGAAGAGGAGGAGACCCAAUCUUCAGCUGACGAUCUGACUCCGUCCGUCACAUCCCACGAUGCAUCGGACUUAUUCCCAAACCAGCCUGGCUCAAACAACUUCCUUGCUGAUGAAGACAAAGAGCCAUGUUCAUCACCAUGUGCUUCCUCCAUGGCUGAGGACUCAGAGGUGGAUUCCAUCCCAUCCAAUGAGUGUAAGAAGGAGAUCAUGGUUGGACCUCAGUACCAGGCCACUGUUCCCAUCCUCCGUUUAAACAGGCACAGGCAAAAAGUGCUUUUUCUGUUAGCCUAUGAGAAUGAAGAUCAGCUGCUUUGGGACCCAAACAUCCUCCCUGAGAGGGAGGUGGAAGAGUUCCUGUACCGCGCCGUGAAGCGCCAGUGGGACGAGCUGUCCAGCAGCAGCCUGCCAGAGGGAGAGGUGGUCAAGGACAACGAGCAGGCUUUGUAUGAGCUGGUGAAAUGCAACUUCAAUGCAGAAGAGGCACUGCGGAGGUUACGGUUCAACGUGAAGGUUAUCAGAGAUGAGCUUUGUGCCUGGAGCGAGGAAGAAUGUAGAAAUUUUGAACAUGGCUUUAGGGUCCAUGGGAAAAACUUUCACCUUAUCCAAGCCAACAAGGUCCGCACGCGGUCGGUGGGCGAGUGUGUGGAGUAUUACUACAUGUGGAAAAAAUCAGAGCGUUAUGACUACUUCACUCAGCAGACUCGUCUAGGAAGGAAGAAGUACGUCCUCCACCCUGGAGCCACGUGCGUGGAAUAUUCUCACACUAAAAUUAGUAAUAUUAACCUCCCAGUGAAGAUUCCUGCUGCAAAGCACCUCCGCUUAACAGACUGCGCUUUCUUCUCCAGAAGGGAUUUCACUGACAAUGACCUGGAUGGGGUUGAAGUGGAAAACACGAAUCGUUCUCGGAGCUCCCCACCAAUUCCCUCUGCAGCUGGCUGCCUGGAUGCUCACUUUGGUCAAGAUCAGAUAGCAAUUGAGAGCACAGAGCCCCUGAGUGUGGAGAGCACAGCCUGCAGCCUGGGCAGCAUCAGCGAGUCGGGGCAGGGCUACGAGUGCAGCACCCCCUCGGAGACAAACUGCUCCUUCGACCCCUCGGAGGAGGCGCCCGCGGGCGCUGUGCCCGUGCCCUGCCCUCGCCACACUGCCACCCCCUCUGAGCCCGAGCUCUUCGCCCUGCCUCCCGCGGGACCAGGGCUGCCAGAGAAGCAGGAGACGUUGCAGAACUCUGGUGAGACAAUAACCAUGGACCUCGCUCUCCCUGCAGACAUUAACGAGGGGCUGCCCUUAAUUGCUGGCCCUGUGGAUUUGGACAGAGAGCCCGAGGCCGUGGUGGCCCCCGCGCAAGUGUCCUUAUCGGUCACAGAUUUCGGUCUCAUUGGCAUCGGAGAUGUAAAUACUUUCCUGACUGCUCAUCAGGCUUGCCCAGCACCUGUGGCUCGGUCAGAGCCUCUGUCACAGUGAAAGUCUCCAGUCACAAAUUUGUCACAGACCCAGCA